AUCACAUAAGAUUAAACAUGGCCGACCGUCGGUGAUGGGUGGUGAAACUUAGCAACGAGCGAUGAAAAAGAAUUAGCAAAUCUCUUAGUAUUUCAAGCCAAAAUUAUAUAGCUGUCACGUGGUUCAACUUUUAAUAUGUUGAUACGUUAUACAUGCGAAAUAGAGACAGAAGUAGAGUUUCUUUUUCAGCAGAGGCCUCACUAAAUCCCGGGCGUUAGCCCGCAGUGUUAGCCACGUUAGCAUCCAACCAGCGCCUGCUUUUGUUUUUGUUUCAACGUUGUCUUCAUGCGGUAAGCCUGGUAUCGCGAAGUUCGCUGGUAUUUUUACUUUGCUAUAUUUCUGGAACAUUUAACGUGGUCUGUGCAGCUUAUGACAUAAAAUACUACCGGACCUUUUUUUUUUAUCGGGAAGGUGGUGGAGGGCAGCAAAGAGCCUGUUGCCGUCUUUUUUAAGCCACCUCACAACAAAGCCAUACUUAAUACAAACCUUGACCCCGGCUUUGAAUCGCUGGACUGUGCAUGUUUACAAAAAAAUAAUCAUAAAAAUAAAUAUAUUGACACUGAAACACAAUGGAUCCAAAGCGUGCACACGGCAAACCUCACACUAGCCGCGGCAGCAGCGGGGACUCGGGCAGCGGCAGCCCGACGUCGCCAUCAAGCAGCCCCGCACAGACUGCUAGCGGCCUGCCUGCUGCUAACGUGUUCGCCAACGACGGCAGCUUCAUGGAGAUUUUCAAGAAGAGGAUGGAAGAGGAGAAGAUGAAAAGGGAGGUGCAGCAAACAGGUGGAGAUGCGGGACCCACCGAGCAAGGACAGACCUCACUGGAAAAGAAGGCUCCUCCUGUGACCACCUUUGUGGGGAAGCGCAGAGGCGGUGUGUUCCUAAAGACCGGCAUGGUUGCAAAGAAGCAGAAACAGGACACAGAUAGUGAGCCAGGCAAGAGCGAUGCUUGGUCAAAGUACAUGGCUGAGGUGAAAAAGUACAAAGCCCACCAGUGUGGUGACGACGAUAAAACCAGACCACUGGUCAAAUAAGCUCCAAGGGGGGGACGUGAAGCGGCAGUGCUUUGGGGGAGAGAUCUACAUGGGAGAAGCUCCAGGAGAGCCAGCUGAUUUUGACCUUCUCAUACUGCCAGUUAAAAUCACUGUCUCUCACAAACUGCUUAGAUUGGCACCAUUUUUCUCAGUUUUUUUUUUUUUUUUUUUGUUUUGCCUGUUUGCCUCUGGUGUCCAGUAUUCCUGAAAUUGAUGGAUUAUUACAUGUCUUCAGAUUU